GUUUCUCCGGGAAGAGUGUCAUUCACAUCCCAGCGCUCCUUCGGUUACUUCCAAAGCAGACUUCUUCCCUGUAGACUGGACAUUGUCCAAAGAUUUGGAACAUAGGGAAGAGAGAGAGAGAGAGAGUUAGCCUGCUUGUGUGUUUGAGAGAAAGAGUUUGAGAGUUUGAGAGAAAGAGUUUGAGAGUUUGAGAGAAAGACAGGAGAGAAGUGUACGGGACCACAGAAGGACAGGGCAGACAGAGAAGUGUACGGGACCACAGAAGGACAGGGCAGACAGAGAAGUGUACGGGACCACAGAAGGACAGGGCAGACAGAGAAGUGUACGGGACCACAGAAGGACAGGGCAGACAGAGAAGUGUGUGAGUCAGGGGACAGAAAGCAGAAAAUACUGAACAAGGGGUUCGAGUGAAGUAGAAAAAAACAAUUGAGAAAGCAUCUCUUUCCGGCGUCUAAUUCCUUUGAAUACACAGUCCUUUGGCUUAUUUUCAGGUCUUCAUCCAGAAAACAAUCCAGAAAGUCAUGGAAGUGGAAACAUCCAGCCUGCACUUGGAGCUGCAGGAGCAGCAGCAGACCCUCACCGAGAUCUCAGACGACGAAGUCAACCUGCCACCGUCGGAUGACGAAGACUUUGGUGCCGCCAAGGAACGUUCGUUGGUGGCGCUCGCCGUGUCCGAGGGUGACCAGGAGGAAAAGGAAGAGGAUAAAGUGGGCGCCCAGGUGAACGGCGUUAUGGUCCUGGCUCUGUUGGACAAGAUCAUCGGGGCGGUGGACCAGAUCCAACAGACGCAGAGUGGCCUGGAGGCUCGGCAGCAGGACAUGGAGCGGUCAGUGACGGGGAUCCAGGGCGAGCUCACCAAACUGUCCAAGAGCCACAGCACCACGUCCAACUCAGUCAACAAGAUGCUGGAGAAGGUGCGCAAGGUGAGCGUCAAUGUGAAGACAGUGCGUGCCAACUUGGAGAAGCAAGGGGGUCAGAUCAAGAGGCUGGAGAGCAACGAGAACGAGCUGCUGAAGAGGCGCAACUUCAAAGUCAUGAUCUACCAGGACGAGGUGAAGAUUCCCUCUAAACUGACCGUGUCAAAGUCCAUGAAGCUCUCAGAGCUUGUGGAGGGAGGACGAGGCAGCGUGCUGGACCUGAAAGAAGGAGCCGAGGAGAACGGAGAGGAGGGAGAAGAGAAGCCCCACUUGGACCUCUCCUCUGACGAGGAGGAGCUGGAGAUCGAGGACGUCAUCGAGGAGUCGCGCGCCGAGCGCAUCAAGCGUAGCAGCCUCCAGCGCGUACAAAACAUCAAAAGCGCCUUCUCUAAGGAGAAGAUGGGCUUGACCAAGGAGAAGAUGACCAAGACCAGGGAAAAGAUGGGCUUGACCAAGGAGAAGAUGACCUUGACCAAGGAGAAGAUGGGCUUCAACAGGCAGAAAACCAAUAAGGAGAACGUGGAGAAAAUCCCGAAGCCAAAUGCCAAAGAGAAUUUCGACAAGACCAAACAACACGCCAAAGAGAAUUUCGACAAGACCAAAAAAAAUGCCAAAGAGAACUUCGACAAGACCAAGCAGAAGACCAAGGAGAACCUGGAGAAGACGCGCCACAACAUCGAGAAGAAGAUGGGCAAGCUGGGCACGCGCAUGAGUGUCAACCCGGAGCAGAAGGAGAAGAUGAAGGUGUCGCGGCAGAAGGUGAUGAAAUCCUUUACCCCCGACCACACCGUCUACGCCCGCGACAAGACCGCCAUCUACAAGGUGCCUCCCUUCACCUUCCACGUCAAGAAGUUCCGCGAGGGGGCCAUGGAGCCCGUGGAAGUCCAGGGGACGGAGAUGGUGGAGGUAUCCCAGGACCUGAACCCUUUUCAGGGACUGGAGGAUGACUGCCACGAGGGGCGUGUGGAUCUGGACGUGGACGUGGAUAUGAUGAAUGGAGGAGGAGAGGAGGAAGGGAUGGAGGAUGAAGAGGAAGAGGAAGAGGACGAGGAGGACAGCCAUUCCCUGCAGGAGAUGCACGAGGACUCUGAGCAUGUGCUGGUGGAGCGGGAUAGGGACAGCGACUAGGUGAGGAAGUGGAGGAAGAGGAGGAAGAGGAAGGUGAACGAGACAACUUGCCUAAUCCCAAAACUGCCCACUAGAACCAAACCCCCUGAGUGCCUUGUGUAGAUCUAAAAAGGACUGGAUAGGUAGAAGCAAUGCGGUAAUAGCUACCUGUUGUCUUCUGCUGUAUUUCUUGCACCUGUCCAAUCCACUUUACAAAAGUGUCUAAGGGGGAGGGGCUAGGGAUUGAUUUUGGGAUUGGGUGCUAGAGAGGCCAUGAAGAGAAGAAGAAAAGGAAGAAGAAUGAGACAACAAACAACAACAUGGGGUUGGAAGGGAAAGAAAGGGAGAGAAUGGGGUGGUAAGGAACACAGCAUAAAGUUUCUAUGCCGUGAACAAAUUAUUACUCAGAAGGGGUGUGGCCAUAUCCCUUGGGAGCGAACAGUAUAAUAUUCCAUCAACUUCCAGAAUCAUGUUUAAGUUGAAACGCUAACGUCACUCACAAAAGCUGUGAAUGGAAGUUAGUAAAAGUGCUAAUUUAGUUGACACCUGUAUGUUAGAUAUUUCAGUAACUCUUUAGUAACAGUCUAAAAAAAAAGGAUAACACAGACCAUUAAAUGAUGGGAAAGUGUGGCCACUUCGGUUUUGAAAUGAUUUGUUUCUUGAAAGGUCAUCAAGCGUAAAAAGCAAGCAUGAAAAUGAAAAAUCUUCAUAAACGGCAUCGGGUUAAAGUAAAUAAAUCCACAAAUACGAAUAUAAUUAUUUUAAAUAUCUUAAAUGACCACGUUUCCCUGAAUUUGAUUAUAUAAUCUUGAAGCCCAGUAAAAAACAGUAUGGGACUGGAUCCAGGAAGUAAGGAUCCAGGAAGUAAGGCCAAAUAGGCAGUCACUUUCCCAUUGUAUGAGUGAUUAUAAAAUGUCAAAGCACUGCAUUAAUAUAUUCACAAAUGCUUACAUCAGUUUACCAAUCUACAAACAACCAAAGUUUGACGUAAAGUUUACAGUGACAUACCAUUUUUGACAGAAUAAUGAAUGAUUAUGUAGUGCUUUUGGAUAUUUUAUUAAUAUGUAUUUUGAAGACUUGAUUUAGGCCCCCGAUACGAUGAAAGUAUCACUUCAUUCUUAAUAUUAUUACCCCCCCCCCCACACACACACAGACACUUUACCUGUAGGUAUGGUGAAUAUGACCAGUUCAUGUAAUUUGGGUGUAUUUUCUUGAUAAAGAUGGCAUCUUAUACCGUCACCUUUUUGUUGUUUGUGAAGAAAGAGUCUAACAAAGGGGUCUGCGCUCAAAUGAAGGAUCCUGACAUCUGCAAGAAACACAAAAUGGUUGUGAGACGUUUACGGAAAGUCACUCGUGCUGUAGGUAGACUACGCACACAUGUAUUCAUUCACUGCCUGAGUUUUAGAUAAGAAAGGACAUUCUGGUGAAAUCUCAAGUCAUUAAAAGCUCUUUUUUUUUUUUUUACGUGACAACAAAGAUAAAGGAGCAAUUUUAUACGAUUUCUUCACAAUCCUGGUGGAAAAAUGUCAAUCCUGCCACUGGUGUGCUAUAUAAACCCUGUACAAUAGCAAUCAUUUGUUUUAUCAAUGUUUUAUCAAAGUUUCUUACGUGUUGAGUUGACGGUAGACUAACCAGCCACUUACAGACUCAUUUUCCCAACACUUUUUGAACGUCUACUCUCUUUAAAAGUGUUUUGAUGAGGUCCACCACCUAGUGGCAAUGUAUGGUAUUAAACCUAGGGACAUUUAAAGAGCAGCAGUGCUGACACCAGCAUCUCCUUACGAAAGCCGCCCAUCAACUAGUACUUUUUCACUGAUGUAGGAGCAACCCUUAAAUCCCAAUGGGCUGAUACCAGGCACUUGUUUUCCCUAACAUUUUUAACCUGGCUGAUGCAAGUCAACUGUACUUUGAUUCUCUUGUUGCGUUUAGAAUCAGUGUUUUUAAUGUCCAAUUCAACCCUUUUUAGUUUUAUUGACACGUUCAAUUGUUUUGUGAAGAGAUAAUAUAAGGCUGGGGUUCAAUCUAAUCCUGACCUAAUGUGUGCAUGCUCACAGACUCACAGUCACUGGUUAUUCCAUCAGCACAUAAAUGCACCAUCACCGUUGUUAAUGAUCUCAUACAGACGAGUUCUCUAUUUUACUUUAAAAACGUACAUUUUAAACUAAACAGAUAAAUUGUUGGAUUAAUUGAUCGAAGGCGAGGUGAAACAUACUUUUCCUCCAAACUGUAACAAAGGGGGAGACAGUACUCCAGUAUCAUUGAUGUCCUGGGUCUUGUUCAUUGUGGCAUAGAACAGAAAACAUUUAAAAACGGAACAGGGAAAUGAACGUUUCUUAUUGGACAAGGUAGUCCCUACCUAAAAAGUCAAUUUUCUUUCGCUUGGUGCUUAAUGAACACGGCCCAGUUUCCAAACCCAGAUCUGAAUAAUCCUGUUUUUUUCCUACCAUUCAUUUCCGUGUAUGUAAGUGUAUAUAAUGUCAAUCACUGCCAUAGCAGUGCAACUGCCUUUAUUGCAAAACCAGUGAACCUUCAUUUGCUUCCGCUGUCUCCAAACCCUCUGUGAAAAUACUUAAGCAACAAACAGCCAUGAAUGACAUUUUAUACUUACUUUGUACACAAAGCUUAAAUAACAUUCAGCAACUAUGAUUUUUUUUAAACAGUGCCUUUCCGGCUUUUAAUAAGAGACAAUUGAAAUCAACUGUGUCUCUUUUUCAUGUUGGUUAAAUAAUGCAUAUGAAAUCUGUACCAUGUAAUGACUCAUUCCCUAACCACUAAUACUUUAAUAAAAGCUAAUUUGAUUCACAA